CGUCCAGCCCUCGAAGCGUUCGCGACCUGACGUAGAUGGGCCGUAGAUUUACCGCAGGGUUCUGUAAUCACUCGACAGCGGAGCGACACUAUAAUACAAUAAUAAGAAGGUCGCAUCCAUGCUGGCCGCCUAGCUCUGGGCCCCUUCGUCGACACGAGAUAAUAACAUCGAAGUCGGCCUGAACAUUUUCCUAGCCCUCGCUCACAGUGCAGCUGUGAGAGUCCCCUAUCGGCCAUAAAUACUGACUAUUACUGCUUGACAAAAGCAAGACCUGAGAAUGGGCGCCCGCACGUACUGGCAGCAGCACAGGCGCACGAUAGGGACUGUGCUCCUUGCCGUUCCCUGCGUUAAUUUUUUCGCACAGUUCCUAUUCUCCACGCCCAGCUACAGCAGUACAGAGGCCGUGUUGCAGGUUGAGGGUCUGGUGUGCGCGCUGAUGCUGGCGGUGGCGCUGGGGCUGCCAGGCACCGUGUCAGUCACGGAGCUGCGCGCCGCAGACCAGUUCUUCGGCUGGUUCCGCGACCCGGCCGGACCGCCGCCCACACCCGAGGAGCAGGCCGCAAUGGACUACUACAAGACCAUUGGCGUCUGGUGGCGCGACCGGCCGCCCAGCUUCCUGUUCGGGUACUACCUGGCCAUCAGCGGCUUCUGCCUGUCCGUGGCCAUCCUGGUCAUCAUCAUCCAGUAUGUGUACCUGUCCCAGGCGCGCGGCCUCAGCCCGCCCGGCACCGACCUGUCAAGCACCAUGAAGUACUUCUACAGGGCCAACGUGCUUGUGUUCCUCGCAGUGCUGGGCCUGAUCGGCGCCGGCAUUGUCACAUUCUUCAACGCGGUGUGCUUCAUGCUCUACAUCAAGUGGCCCGACUACGCGGUGAUGUACGGCGCUAACGGCGACAACGGCACCACCGACCUCACCGUGUACAAGAGCGUCGACGCGCUGGUCGUCGCUCUGGCCAUUGCUGUGGGAGUGCUGGCGAUCCUGUCGGGCAUGGCCCAGGUGUUCAUCUUCCGGGCCUCGCCCCAGGCCCAGAAGGGGGGUGCCAAGGUGGGCCCGGGCGGUGACGGCGGCGAUGAGGAUGGUGAGGGCGGUGCCGACGGCGGGGAGGAUGAGGGCGAAGAGGAGGGCGGCGGCAAGGGCCAGAUGCGGCCCAUGUUUGGUGCGCGCAGGCAUGAAGAUGAUGAGUAUGUGAAGGCGGGCGGUGUGGCGGCGGCGGAUGUGGUCAGGGCGGGUGGCGGUGGGAGCGGACGGCAGCAGGCGGGUGGCAGCGGCGGCAGUGGCAAGCUGCGUCAGCCGGCGGAGGUGGAUUCUUAGAGGCCUCGCUCGUUGCUUCACGGCAAGCUUGCAAGAUUACUGUGGGCAAAGUCGGCGUGGUUUUGAUGGCUUGAGUAUUGCUCGGCAGGGGGGUUCAAUGGCUUGUUAUGCUUGUUGGCAUGUAUGGGCUACGUCCUUGGGCGCAGCCUCACGCCACAUUUGUUCGCACGUGCAUGGGUUUGCCUUCGUACACGUCUUAGCCGUGUUGCAUGUCCUGUUGCACGCGGUGCCAACAAGCUCGUGCCAGGGCGCACGGAAUGCUGGCAGAAUUGACACGCACGCCAUUUCUGAUUACUUUAUUUGAAGCAUUCGUCCCAUGGCACGCCAAUAUGUUCGACACCAAUCUCGUGCAAGAUGCGAGACUGCUUCACGCAUGUGCAACGUUCAUCGAUGAUUCUGCACCGUGACUGCCAUGGAGCGUUGCGGGCUCCUGCACUGCAUGUGUGGUGACACACUACUUGUCUGCAGUGUUGAUAUCUGUACGGACAACCUAUAUACCGCUUCCUCGACUCUUUUGCUUUCCUGUUGUGAGCAUGAGCAUGUUACAUGGCUUACAGUGCUGUGUUGAUGAUGCAGUCAUUGCAUUUAAUCUCCCCGUACGUGCUCCCCUUAUCAAUCACGUACUACUGCAUACUAUGGCCAGGAAACCGCAGCACCACGCACGGGCCUGAUGACACGCAUAGAUAGGCUACACGUUGCAUUGACAUUAAGCGAGUGUGUGUGGGGGGAGGGCUAGCUGCCGUGCGCAGCAGCAGCGGAAGGCUUGUGUAGGGUGGAGAAGUUGAGGCGUACGUGUGGGCGGCGGAGACGACGGAGACACACGAGUGCAAUGAAACAAACGCGUACCUCCUAAAAGUUUAGUGGUGCGGCGCAACAGUACUGCGAGACGCCCUGUAGGCCUGUACCGUACUAGUGUUGCUACUUUAUCCGGAUUCCUGAGUAGAAUCCGAAUUAAAUCCUAAUAAAGGUGCUGUUGUGGGACGUGCUAUGCUGCCGCUGGCGGCAUGCUGGUGGUGUUGCGUGUCGCCCCAUGUGUUUCAUGCCGAGUGGGGGCGCCGUUCGCCCCUGCGGCUUUCAGGAGAGAUACCAACAGGAGAAGACGGCAGAAAUUAAGACCUAAUCGUUUGAUUCAUGCAUUGUGCGCGGUACGUAAAGGACCGGUGAAGGUCGUGCUUUCUGUGCAAAACUGGUA